ACAGUUUCAAAACAACAAAAAAAGGAAAAGGGCCCAAAGCAAAAGUUUGGGCACCCUGCAUGGUCAGUACUUGGUAACACCCCCUUUGGCAAGUAUCACAGCUUGUAAACGCUUUCUGUAGCCAGCUAAGAGUCUUUCAAUUCUUGUUUGGGGGAUUUUCGCCCAUUCUUCCUUGCAAAAGGCUUCUAGUUCUGUGAGAUCCUUGGGCCGUCUUGCAUACACUGCUCUUUUGAGGUCUAUCCACAGAUUUUCGAUGAUGUUUAGGUUGGGGGACUGUGUGGGCCAUGGCAAAACCUUCAGAUUGCGCCUCUUGAGGUAGUACAUUGUGGAUUUUGAGGCAUGUUUAGGAUCAUUAUCCAGUUGUAGAAGCCAUCCUCUUUUCAUCUUCAGCUUUUUUAGAGAUGGUUUGAUGUUUGCUUCGAGAAUUUGCUGGUAUUUAAUUGCAUUCAUUCUUCCCUCUAGCAGUGAAAUGUUCCCCGUGCCACUGGCUGCAACACAAGCUCAAAGCAUGAUCGAUCCACCCCCUGUGCUUAACAGUUGCAGAGGUGUUCUUUUCAUGAAAUUCUGCACCCUUUGCUCAUUGUGGCCAAAAAGUUCUAUUUUAACUUCAUCAGCCCAUAGGACCUGUUUCCAAAAUGCAUCAGGCUUAUUUAGAUGUUCUUUUGCAAACAUCUGAUGCUGAAUUUUGUGGUGAGGAUGCAGGAAAGGUUUUCUUCUGAUGACUCUUCCAUGAAGAUCAUAUUUGUGCAGGUGUCACUGCACAGUAGAACAGUGCACUACCACUCCAGAGUCUGCUAAAUCUUCCUGAAGGUCUUUUACAGUCAAACAGGGGUUGUGAUUUGUCUUUCUAGCAAUCCUACAAGCAGUUCUCUUGGAAAGUUUUCUUGGUCUUCCAGAACUCAACAUGACCUCCACCGUUCCUGUUAACUGACAUUUCUUAAUUACAUUACAAACUGAGGAAACGGCUACCUGGAAACGCUUUGCUAUCCUCUUAUAGCCUUCUCCUGCUUUGUGGGCAUCAUUUAUUUUAAUUUAGAGGAGCCCAUGCCUGCUGAUUUUUGGGACAAGGUUUGAGGAGUCAGGGUAUUUAUAAAGCUUCGAAAUUUGCAGCACCUCCUAACGAUGACUGUGAACGAGCCAUAGGCCUAACAAGCUAAUUAAGGUCUGAGACCUCGGUAAGAGUUAUCUAAGAGCUCAAAUCUCUUGGGGUGUCCAAACUUUUGCAUGAUGCUCUUCUCCUUUUUUUUCCCACUCUAAAAUUGUACAAAACAAAAAUAAUAUACUAAUCUUGCUUAAAAUGGUGAAAAGAAUGUUUCAUCUUUAACUUUAUGACUUUUGGAGAUCAGUUCAUCUUCUACUCACUUAACUAUUCACAGUAACAGAAAUUUUGACCAAGGAUACCCAAACUUCUGCAUGCCAUUGUAAUUUGAUAAUAAAUACUUAGAAAUUUUGAGUCCAAGGAUUUGCUGGGGGCAGCCUGCAAGUGUUGCCAUGUUUCUGGUGCCAACAUAGUGCUGGCCAGAAGGAACUGCAGUCUGAUCAAGGACAGGGGAAGCAGACAAGCUAGUUGUCUUUGUUUCCCCAUUUUGUGGACUCUGAACAGUUCCUUGCUCUUGGGUAACCUAAUCAGAGCAACUGAAUGUGGACACAGGAAGCUUCAGGUAAUGAUCUGCUAAACUUGAAACCACUCUCAAACAAAUAGCCAUUUGUUAUGUAAAGGAAAUAGACUCUGAACUGAUCCUUGCUCUGGGACAAUCUAAUCAGAGCAAUAAACCUGACGCCAUGAGGAGUAGCUACUUGUUCUGUAAAAUCGGUAAUCUCAUUAGAUUCUGUCUGGGUUGCCUCAUUUAACUGGUUUGGACCAGUCAGAGUGCAAAGACACAAAUACACAAGGCUGGGGUGGGGAGAACCAUGAAACAAUGUUGGCUGUAGCCCUGUACAAUGACCAGUAAGAGGUGACCCAGGUAGGUCAGGUGACCUUCAGCCAAUGGGAUGGAGAUCCAAUGGUUCUAUUGAUGAGGAACCGUAUAAGAUCCAGGAGCACCAAAUACUCAGGGGUGAUAACCCUGCAGCAGCCAGAGACCAAGCAUCGCGGAUAAGGAGGACCCCAUGGACACGUGGAGAUUGGGACCACGAGGAACACCUGGCCAGUGUAGACUCCUUUCCCAGCCACAUUCCGUCCUCACCAAUCGGUUCGAAGUUCACAGGUAACCGCGCACUUCAUCCAAUCAGCUCGAAGGUUACUGCUGUUCUCCGCCUAUCACUGCAUCCGAUCGUCUCAUCAAGCCCCGCCUCAGUAGCAAUGGCCGACUUCGCACUGUGCAAGGAGCAGCGACUGGGAUCGGGGGCUGACGCUAGCAGGAAGGGCCGAGUGGACGCGCCCAUCGUUGAGCUGCUGCAGCUGGUGAACGGCUCGGAGCGGUACUGCAGCACCAGCUCCUGCUCAGGCCGCCUGUUGCUGCUGGGGGGCACUGACCAGACAGAAGGACAGAAAAGGAACUGCCCCUGGUUGUUUGUGACCCAUCAGAAGUGUCGGAAAGAAGAUGUGGUUUCGGGGUUACAGAAAGCUGAAGACAAUGCAGUAUUUAAGUUUGAGCCCUUUGUUCUUCACGUCCAGUGCAGGCAGGUGGAGGAUGCACAACUCCUGCAUUCCAUUGCCAUAAACUCUGGCUUCAGGAACUCUGGGAUCUCAAUCAGCAAGAAAGGGAAAGUCAUGAUGGCUGUUCGCAGCACCCACUGUCUGGAGGUUCCUCUGUGUCAUCGAGGGUCAGUGUUGGUGAGUGACAAGUACAUCGAUUACCUUGUGCAAGUGGCCAAUCGAAAGAUGGAGGAAAACCAGAGGAGGAUAGAGAGGUUCCAUGCCAGCCUUCAAGCCCUCAUAGCCUCCACUGUUCCACCCCAGGAGCCCAGCGGGGUGACUGGCAAUGCUGCCACCGUCUACACUCGCAGGAGGCGACAGGGGGCCACAACGGGGCAACGGCAGCACCGAGAGCCAACAGAUCAAAGUGAUGAUGAAAGUGACCUUGGGAUUCUGAUGGACCCCACGUGAUCCUAACUUGCACCUAAAGAAAGCAUGGCACUUGUCUGCAGUCAGAAUCCCUACAGGGUGUCAGCCGAUAACUUUAGAUGUGACCUUCCCUUGACAGCCAUGUAAUUUCAUCACUGCUGGAGUGGUGGUUUGUUUUAUACCACUUUUGUGAAGUGAAUUUUAUCUCAGCUUCUUUCUAAAUCAGCAGCAUAUUAUGGAUAAUGUGAACAAUGUUUUAAUUUUAUUGUUUUAUUUAGAGACACAACACAAAGCAGACUCUGCGGGCCAAAGAGCCACACUGCCCAGCAGCUCACCAAUUUAAUCACAGGACGAUUUACAAUGACCAGUUAACUUACCAACUUGUAGGUCUUUGAAUGGUGGCAGGAAACCAGGUUUCCCCUGGGUACUCCACGAACACACGGAAAAGAACGUAUGAACUUGCUUUCAGAGGAUUCCGGAAUUGAACUCCAAACUCCGACACCCCUAGGUGUAACAGCGUUGUGUUAACCACUACAGUACCACGCCGUCCCAAAUACAUCUGGCAUAUUUAUUAUAGGAAUUGUUUGGAAAUAUUACGGUAGAGGAUCCAUCAAAUGUGAGGUUUAAAUGCUGUGUGUUAUUUAUCCUAUGUGCCUUUUCAGAAUGAGUGUUAGUAAAGAAAUAAGUAGCAACCCGUGGAAACAUCGAUGAAACUGUCUGUCUACCCUGUCAGAGCUGGCACAUGUUCAGUGGGCUGAAUGGCCUUCUCUAUUUUGUACAUAACACUGUUCACUGCUGUAUUUGAUGCAUGAAGGUAAUUAUCUGGCUCAAUUGAUAAUGCCAAGGAAGGUAAUUUAUCAUGGGAGCAACAGAAAUUUCUGCUAUUAAACAUUUUGAUAUGUCCUAUCACAAACAUUCCCUCUUUGAAACAUC